GCAGACUUGCUCCAAGUGUCUGCCACAGCUCAGUAUGUAGAGCAGCUGGUGCAGCCGCUGUGUCGCCAGUCAGAGGCAGAGGACCCGACCAUCUGAAGGGGAGUGGGGGAAGUCGGCUAAGCAGCUUACCAGCCUGGCCAUUAGGCCCACGCGUGAGCUGAUGCGGAGAAACAGUGGCUUUGUUACGGCACCGAAACAUGCGAUGUGAGCGGACGCGCUGUUUGGUACCGGUAUCAACAUAACUGGAUCAAACCAUCAGAAGGAAUGUUCACUCUCACGGAAGUAGCCUCCCUGAACGAUAUCCAGCCAACUUAUCGAAUACUGAAACCAUGGUGGGAUGUCUUCAUGGAUUAUCUUGGUGUUGUUAUGCUGAUGCUGGCCAUAUUUGCUGGAACAAUGCAGUUAACUAAAGACCAAGUGGUUUGUCUUCCCAUCCUGGAGCAGCCGGAGGAGCAAGGGGGCUUCUCAGGACACCGUCCAGCAGACGCAGCUGCUGGCUCGUGGGAUGAAGAAGGCAGCAUCAGACUUGAUGCUGCUCCCCUAAUGGCUCAAGGGCUUCCUGAUAGCAUUACGCAUAAAAUUCAUUUCCCACAAUCAGGUACGGUUGGUCAGCCUUACCCAACAGGUGUGAGGACCAAGUUGGAUUUUCAGCAGUAUGUUUUUGUCAACCAGAUGUGCUACCAUGUUGCCCUUCCUUGGUACUCCAAAUAUUUUCCAUACCUUGCUCUAAUUCACACUAUUGUAUUAAUGGUUAGUAGUAAUUUCUGGUUCAAAUACCCAAAGACAAGCUCCAAAAUAGAACAUUUUGUUUCAAUACUUGGAAAGUGUUUUGAAUCACCAUGGACUACAAAAGCAUUGUCUGAAACUGCAUGUGAGGACUCAGAGGAGAACAAGCAGAGGCUGGCUGGUGCCUCCUCCCUCCCAAAACAUUUUUCAACAAGCAGCGAAGAGGGAAGCCCGAACCAGUCCGCUCCAGUGCUUGGAAAAUCUGCCGUCAAGUUUUCAGCUGAAAAGCUGGUGAUUGAAGUUCCAUCCAUGACCAUAUUGGACAAAAAAGACGGUGAGCAAGCGAAGGCCUUGUUUGAGAAAGUAAGGAAAUUCCGAGCUCAUGUGGAAGACAGUGACUUGAUUUACAAGCUCUAUGUUGUUCAAACAGUCAUCAAAACAGUGAAAUUCAUUUUGAUCCUGUGCUACACAAUGACAUUUGUUGCUGCCAUAGAUUUUGACCAUGUGUGUGUGCCUGAAAUAAAACAUUUGACAGGCUAUGCUAAGUUCCAUUGUACUCAUAACAUGGCAUUCAUGUUAAAGAAACUCCUUGUCAGCUACAUUGCUAUAAUUUGUGUUUAUGGAAUAGUCUGUAUAUAUACAUUGUUCUGGCUUUUCCGGAGACCUCUUAAAGAGUAUUCUUUUGAAAAAGUCAGGGAGGAGAGCAGCUUCAGCGAUAUCCCUGAUGUUAAGAAUGACUUUGCUUUCCUUCUACACAUGGUUGAUCAGUAUGACCAGCUGUAUUCAAAGCGUUUUGGUGUUUUUCUCUCUGAGGUCAGUGAAAACAAACUACGGGAGAUCAGUCUGAACCAUGAGUGGACCUUUGAGAAGCUGCGUCAGCAUGUAACUCGCAAUUCUCAAGAUAAGUUGGAGCUUCAUCUUUUCAUGCUGUCUGGAGUGCCGGAUGCUGUAUUCGACCUGACCGAUUUGGAAAUCCUUAAACUAGAAUUGAUUCCCGAAGCGAGGAUAACAGCUAAGAUUUCACAAAUGAUAAACCUCCAAGAGCUGCACUUCUAUCACUGUCCGGCCAAAGUUGAGCAGACUGCUUUCAUUUUUCUUCGUGACCACCUGCGGUGCCUUCAUGUUAAAUUCACUGAUGUUGCUGAGAUUCCGACCUGGGUUUACUUGUUGAAAAACUUAAGGGAACUCUAUUUAGUUGGUAAUCUGAACUCUGAAAAUAACAAAAUGAUCGGACUUGAGUCUCUCAGAGACCUCAGGCACUUAAAUAUUUUGCAUCUCAAAAGCAACUUAACAAAGAUCCCUACAAACAUAACUGAUCUCUCGCCACAUCUGCUCAAGUUGGUUGUACAUAAUGAUGGUACAAAACUCUUGGUACUGAACAGUUUGAAGAAAAUGAUGAAUCUUGCAGAGCUGGAGCUUCAUAAUUGUGAACUCGAGCGAAUCCCUCAUGCCAUCUUCAGUUUGACCAACCUGCAGGAGCUCGACCUAAAAUCCAAUAACAUUCGCACCAUUGAAGAGGUCAUUAGCUUUCAGCAUCUCAAGAGACUGACUUGCCUCAAACUUUGGCACAAUAAGAUAAUCUCCAUUCCAUUGUCAAUAAGCCAUGUCAAAAACCUUGAGUCACUUUAUCUUUCACACAACAAGCUUGAGUCUCUGCCCUCAUCGUUAUUCACCCUUCUCAAGUUGAGGUACCUUGAUGUUAGCCAUAACUCAAUAGUGAUAAUACCACUGGAGGUGGGUUUUCUGCAGAACCUGCAACAUUUUGCUAUUACAGGUAACAAAGUUGAGAUGGUUCCCAAGCAACUGUUCAAGUGCACCAAACUGAGGACAUUAUGUCUCGGCCACAACUGUAUCACUUCUCUUCCCGAGAAAAUUGGCCAACUACUGCAGCUGACACAUCUCGAACUGAAAGGAAAUUGUCUGGAUCGCCUCCCAGCUCAGCUCGGUCAGUGUUCCCUCCUCCGCAGAAACUGCCUGAUUGUGGAAGACCACCUCUUUGACUCACUCCCCUUGGAGGUCAAAGAGAGCAUCAAUCAGGAAUCCAGUGUUCCUUUUGCAAACGGGGUGUAAGUUUGUCUCACAUAGUCUCACAUUGCAUCAAAGGUUGAACAUUUCAUAUAUCCAGGAAGUCUUUUUUGAAUCAUACCAUGAGAUAGAACGGUUUUGCUCAGGGUAGUUCCUUCUCGACUCCAUUGGUAUACUUCAGGAUGGCAUACCAUGGUAUAAAGUGAACAUAGCACGGUGCACCGGUGAAAUAUUCAACAAACCCCAGCAACGAUACACAUUGCUAUAUUCAUGUAAUGGCUUCUUUAAUAUCUGUGUUUUCUUGUUUUAAUUCUGUAAUUAAUUCCUAAAUGUGAGUUCUGAGUUAAUGGUUAAAUAACUCCCCUUUUAGUUUCUAUGUUUUGUAUGCAAUCUUCAUGCCAUAUCUGUAGUGAAUUGCUGUAAAUCUCAAUUAUAUUGAAGCAAUUCUCUUGUUCCUUAAUCCCUGUGGUUAAUUUAGGCUUUCUUCAGGUUUACUACUGUAGAUAUAGAUUAUUGUGGUAUAUAUAUUAUGUUUAAGAACCAAACCUCUUGGUGUCCUCCCAGCCAACCCCAUGGUCUCCGCAGCAAACUAGAGCAAGUCAGAAAUGAAUGUUGCCAUUGUGGUGUUUUGCAUUUUGGGAGAGUUUUUUUUUUUUUUUUUUUUUUUUUUUUUCGGCCCAUUGUUCCAACUGGUCCAUUACAUAAGUUAUGUAAGCAGUCACUACGCUAAAGAGCAUGAAUGGCAUUUGCUGCCCUUAAUGUACUGCAACACCUUCUCAUACAAUGCACCAAAAUAAUGAUAUGACCUUUUUCUCUAUUUUUUAAAAUGCCAUAGUUUUACAUUGUGUCUUUACUUACUAUUGCCAUUAAAGUACAUAGUCAGUAAAUGAUUUGUCCAUAGUUGCAUUUAGACAGACUGCACAGUUGAGGGGUGAACAUGUUAGUGUAUGGCAAACUAAAUGAAUAUGGGCCUGUGUUCAUUUAGUUAAAGCUAGAGAUCAAAAAUGCUGUUUUUGCACAGCAAGUCGAAUGUUUUGAACAACUAUAUAGAUGUGCAGUGGAACUCUGAAGCCCUGAAAUACCUUAAAUACCUGGCUAUUAGAAACCCCAUGAAAUGAAAAUUGAUGCUACCGUUACUUUACUGCAAGCAUGAUCUAUUGGCAGUACACACCACCACACUUGGACUUGGACCCCUAGCAUAAAUUUAGCUAAAAUUUCCAUUUCAUGGGGUCUUGGAAUAUAAACGAGGAUGUUGACCAAUGUAUAUGCACUACACUCACAGAUGUAAUUUAGUCAGUGGACAGCAAUACAUUUUUGUAAGUCAGUAAUACCAUGUAUAGCCGAUGUUAUGAUCUAGACCUCUUUUCAAACUGCAGCUGAUAUGGUUAUGUGGGAUAUUAUAACAGCCUAAUGUAUUUCCCUUCAUGUUUUGUUUGGUUAGCAUCAAAGUUUUAAAAGUCUGAAUAAUUCUUUUGCUACGGAAUAACUUUUAUUUUUUAAGAGAAACAUGUUUUUUUUGUGUGUGUGUUUAAAAUGCUACAAGCACAACAAAAGCACUUUUAUACAAUACACCCACCACUUCUGUCCUCCGUCCACUAACAUUCACACUUCAAUAAUAAUAAUAAUAAUAAAAAAAAGAAAUUUCUUUUUGUAAGUAAAGUUUAUAUUUUGUGAUUUCAGAGGCUGUUCCUGUCAUUGAUUUUUUUUUUUUUUUUUUGGAAUUUAUUGAACCUGCUGAACACAAUAGUGUCUUGCUGCUUAUUCUCUGAAAAAUAUUAUAUAUAACACCUGAAAAAUCUCCAUUGUUCCAAAACUACCUUGAGUCACUGGAUUGAUGUGUUGAUAAAGCAUGAAUGCCUCUGGGUGACUGAUUUUCCAGAAAUAUAAAAACCUCAUGCUCAAUAAAGUGGUACAAAGCUAUCAACAAUA